AUGUCGAAGCCUCAUAGUGUCACCAGUAGCGAUACUGACUUCGAGUUCAUCGAAACACCAAAAGCUCCAGUUCCCAACUUUGAGAAGUUCGAAGAUUGUGGAGUUCGCACUACCUCGUACCCCUGUAUCAAAAAUGCGCCUCUACCCGCUGAUGGCCCUGGCUCUGACAGCUUCUCCCUGCUCCUUCUCGCUGGUGUACUUGGUAUUCCACCAUUUUGGCUCUCGUGGAAGCUUGGCGGUGGCACGAAGACUGCCAUCUUUUUUGGUCUCUUCACAACCAUUCCUCUCCUAGCUGGCUUCUGGCUGGCAGUCUCUUCACUUAGCCCCCGGAAAAAUGAGAAGGCCCGCUUUCCUGGUCGGCCCGUUGAGCACUAUCUGACCUUCAAAAAGCCUGAGGACAGGGCUACGUAUCAUGGAAAGAAUACAAUUUCUAUGGAGACGUUUCACGAGAUGUACUUCGAUGGUGAUGUCGACUUCAACGGUGACUGCUUGGAGGUGAUGGAGUACAGGCACGACUGGGCGAGCUUUAGGUUUACCUUGGGCCUGAUCAAGUUUUUCCUCUUUGGAAUGAUUCCAGAGGUUAUCAUGCACACUCGAUCUCAAGAUGAGGAGCAGGUCCGAGAUCAUUAUGAUCGUGGCGAUGACUUUUACGGCUGGUUCCUCGGUCCUCGUAUGAUCUAUACAUCAGGCAUUAUUUCUGAUAUCAACUGUGAAGAAAGCCUCGAGCAACUUCAAGACAACAAGCUUGCUAUCGUAUGCGAGAAGAUCGGGCUAAAGGAAGGAGAGCGUCUUCUCGAUAUUGGAUGUGGCUGGGGCACUCUUGCCCGAUUUGCCAGUGUCAAUUUCGGUGCUCGUGCUACUGGUAUUACUCUCGGUAGGAACCAGACUGCUUGGGGUAACAAUGCUCUGCGGCAGGCCGGUAUUCCGGAAGGACAGAGUAAGAUAUUGUGUAUGGAUUAUCGAGACAUACCCGUUCCAAAAGGUCGCUAUAACAGAAUUACCUGUCUUGAAAUGGCUGAACACGUCGGCGUUCGGCAUUUUCACACCUUCUUGAGACAGGUCUACGAUAUGAUGGACGAUGACGGUGUUUUCUUUCUUCAGAUUGCCGGCCUCCGGAAGAGCUGGCAGUACGAAGAUUUGAUCUGGGGGCUCUUCAUGAACAAGUACAUCUUUCCUGGCGCAGAUGCUAGCACACCGCUUGGUUGGUUUGUUGAUAAGCUCGAAGGAGCUGGCUUUGAGGUCAAGGGUAUUGACACUGUUGGUGUUCACUAUUCUGCAACGUUGUGGAGAUGGUAUAGAAACUGGGUGGCCAACAAGUAUAAAGUGGAAGCCAAAUAUGGCAAGCGAUGGUUCAGGAUCUGGGAGUACUUCUUGGCUUAUUCAACCAUCAUUUCUCGGCAAGGUAGCGCUACUUGCUAUCAGAUUGUCUUGGUUAAGAAUCUGAAUUCGACUCACAGAGUUGAAGGCAUUUCCAACCAAUUUGGACUGUCUGGAGCACUAGCCGCCACAAAGGCAAACCUGAAGUCCUGGGCGAAGAUUGAGGCCUCAAAAUUCCCUGCCAUCUCAUCUACUUGA